AAAAGACAUACUGUACAUCGAUCUAUCAGGCCAUUCUAGGUGUUACAUUCAUGCAGACGUCACACAGUUGUUCGGUUCGGAGAGGUAAAGUUCUUCAGAGAUAAUGAUGGCGCACGUAACGAACUGUUUCGUUAGAAUGUUUCCGUUAGCAACUUUCCUAACCAUAUCUGGUCACUUGUUUGGAUGGUCAAUCGCGAAUAAUAUUCUUUCGCCGAUUCGAUUCCCUCCACCAAUAAGAGUCUCCGAAGAUCAAAACUAUCCAACAGGCCAUCUUCAACCUCUGGGAUACCAGCGUGCACCCAAUGGUCCCGUUCAGGAAUACUUCGAGGUUCUUCGAGGAGAUACGUUUUGGGAAGAACACGUUAGUAAGGGAAUUCCACUUGUGUUUCGUCAAGGAAUUGCUGAAUCGCCCGCUCUUUUGACUUGGACAGACGAUUAUUUAAGAGAGAAUUAUGGCGAUCUGGAUGUUCUCAUCGAGUUAAAAGAGGAAAAUCGCUCCCACUCGGCUCGUAGGAUGACUAUAAUGGAAUUUCUCUCUCGCUACAAGGAAGAGGAUAUCUAUAUUGUCACCGUUCUUCCUGAUCCUAUGAGACGAGACAUCCAGGUUCCACCAUGUUUGUUGUGUGGUACAUUUCUUGAUUACGUUCAUGAAACUAACUUUUGGAUGAGCUCAGGAGGAACACGCUCUGUCAUCCAUUAUGAUGCUGAUCACAACCUGCACUGUUUGGUAGCUGGACGCAAGGAUUUUAUUAUGAUAGAGAAAAAGUAUUACAAUGAUUUGUACUUUCUUGAAAAGAAUGAAUAUUCAGGAUCAGGAUUCUCUGAAAUUGAUCCCAACAAGAUAAACCUGCUGGAAUACCCCAAUGUGGCAAAAGUACCAUGGACUUAUGCAACACUUAUGCCAGGAGACUGUAUUUACAUUCCAGCAGAAUACAUACAUCAAGUCAGAUCUUACAACAGAACCAUAUCAGCCACUAUCCUGUUCACAUCUGGACCCCUAGUGGGUGCACCAUUUGAACCCAAGGGCUGCAACAGAGAAGUGUUUGAGUACACACCCCUCAGUGAUCUCAGAGUACAUUGGACAUACAACAAGGGUGACAAACACAUUGAGAUGGGCUACAUGAACAUAGAGAUUCUUCGUUACAGCAUUCUAGCGACUAUGCAAGAAAAAAAUGAAGGGCUAUUGACAAAGGAGUCAUUUGCUGAAUUAUGGGAACAAUAUGAAGAAAAAGCACAUGAACAUGACAAGGAUGACCUGAGCAAAGAUCCCAGGAGAAUUUUUGAUCAGUAUUUGGACACUGGAGGCAGAGGAUUCUUGACAAAACAUGACAUAUUACAAAUUUCACGAGAAACUUUGAAAACAAUAGCACGUUUGGUUGAUCCUCCACAUGGCCCAGAAGCUAAAGAGGAAGAAAAUACCAGCUUGGAUGAAAAACUAGCAUCACAUGAAGAACUCUGAUCCUAAUGCCUAUCAUUUAAUUAAUAAAUAUUUAAUUUAUAACAAGCAGAGAGAAGAGUAAUGUUUUUAUAUCUCACUGCAGAACUAAUUGUUUAUAAGCUACAAGCAAAUGUAUACCAUGGCUUUCUCAGAUAUUAAGAGGCCCUGCACCUAAGAAACGACCGAUGAUUUCCGGCUAAAAAAUAAAA